AUGUUUAAGUUCGCGAGACUGAUGGGCGCGCCGCGGGCGUUUGGCGCACAGGCGCGCAAGUUCCACCGCACAGUUGCCCGCCGCGGCUACGAGGAGGAGAAGGCGGUGCUGGACGGGCUGUCCAGCCAGCUGACCGAGUCUGACGUGAGCCGGUUGGCCAAGAUGCGGAACAUUGGUAUUUCCGCCCAUAUCGACUCGGGCAAGACCACGUUCACCGAGCGUGUGCUGUUCUACACGGGACGGAUCAAGGCGAUCCACGACGUUCGUGGAAAAGACGGUGUUGGAGCCAAGAUGGACCAUAUGGAUCUCGAAAGAGAGAAAGGUAUCACCAUCCAGUCGGCUGCAACCUACUGUUCCUGGGACAAGGACAACGAGCACUACCAUUUCAACCUGAUCGACACCCCGGGCCAUAUUGAUUUCACGAUCGAGGUCGAGAGAGCGCUGCGGGUUUUGGACGGAGCUGUUUUGGUGGUUUGUGCUGUUUCCGGUGUGCAAUCGCAGACAGUCACUGUGGAUAGACAGAUGAAGAGAUACAACGUUCCAAGAGUCACUUUCAUUAACAAGAUGGAUAGAAUGGGCGCUAAUCCGUGGCGGUGUGUGGAGCAGAUCAACUCGAAGCUCAAGAUGGCUGCUGCUGCUAUUCAGGUGCCUAUUGGAGCCGAGAAGGAUCUGAGCGGUGUGGUGAACAUCAUCGACCGUCAGAGCGUCUAUUUCGAGGGCAGUCAGGGUGAGAAGCUCAGAGUCGAGCAAGAGGUGCCUGCGGACCUGAAAGAACUUGUUGAAGAGAAAAGAGCUGUUUUGAUCGAGAUGCUGGCAGACGUGGACGACGAGUUGGCUGAAGUGUUCUUGAACGAGGAGGAGCCGAGCGCACAGCUGAUCAAGGACGCCAUCCGCCGGUCGACCAUUGCCAGAAAGUUCACGCCUGUUUUGAUGGGUUCUGCGUUGGCCAACAAGGGUGUGCAGCCUGUGCUGGACGCGGUGGUGGACUACUUGCCCGAGCCGUCUGAGGUGCUCAACACUGCCCUGGACGUUUCGAACGGCGAGAAACCUGUGAACCUGGUGGCUGCUGCCAACCAACCGGCCGUGGUGCUGGCGUUCAAGCUCGAGGAAGGAAAGUACGGCCAGCUCACGUACCUGCGUGUUUACCAGGGCCGUUUGAAGAAAGGCAUGAUGAUCACCCACGUCAAGUCGGGCAAGAAGGUCAAGGUUGCCCGGCUCGUGAGAAUGCACUCGAACGACAUGGAGGACGUGGACGAGGCCGGAGCUGGAGAAAUCUGCGCAACGUUCGGUAUCGACUGCUCUUCUGGAGAUACCUUCACCGACGGCCAGGUCAACUACUCCAUGUCGUCGAUGUACGUUCCUGAUGCUGUUGUUUCGUUGUCGGUCACACCUAAGACCACCGACGCGGUGAAUUUCUCGAAAGCUGUGAACCGGUUCCAAAAAGAAGACCCUACUUUCAGAGUCCACUACGACAAGGACUCCAAGGAGACCAUCAUCAGCGGAAUGGGCGAGCUCCAUUUGGAGAUCUACGUCGAGAGAAUGCGCCGUGAGUACAACGUGGACUGCACAGUGGGCCGGCCACGCGUUUCGUACAGAGAAACCGUUUUGGGCUCGACUCCGUUCGAGUACACCCACAAGAAGCAAUCUGGAGGUGCCGGUCAGUACGCCAAGGUGAUGGGAGAGUUCAAGUCCACCACCAUGUGCGAUCCGGAGUACGUGGGAGCCACUGCCGAGGACGAUAUCCGGUUCAUCAAUAACUUCCAAACCAAGAUUGUUGGAGGUAAGAUCCCAGAGAAGUAUCUGUUGGCCUGUCAAAAGGGAUUCGACGAGAGCAUCCAGAAGGGUCCAUUGACGGGCUCGCGUGUUUUGGGAGUGCACAUGCUGAUUGACGAUGGUCAAACUCACGUGGUGGACUCUUCGGAGCUGUCUUUCAAGACUGCCACGCAGUUCGCGUUCAAACAGGCGUUUAUGAGUGCCCAGCCCGUUGUGUUGGAACCAAUCAUGAACGUUGUGAUGACGUCGCCAACCGAGUUCCAAGGUGCGGUUAUUGGUUUGAUCAACAAGUUGGGCGGAGUUAUUCAGGAUACAGAAAACUCGGCCGAGGAGUUCACCAUAACCAGUUUAUGUUCGUUGAAUAACCUGUUUGGUAUUGCCUCGCAAUUGCGUGCCUUGACCCAAGGUAAAGGUGAGUUCACCAUGGAGUUCAAGGAAUACCAGCCAUGCCCUCCUCAGUUGCAAAAGAAACUGAUCGAAGACUACGCCAAGAAGGGAAGAAAGGAUUAA